CCUCACGGACCCUUUUCUGACCGGCAUCUGAUUUUCAAAACAUGUGUGGUGAAGGAUGAUUUCUUCUGUCAGUGUUUACCAUACCAUAUUAAUCUGAACGAUAGAUACACUCUUCUCUAAAAUGUCUGGAGGUAUCAGCCUGUCUCCGGAGGAGGUGGUCCUGGGCUUCCUGGAGGAAGUCGAGCCAUGGCGGCUUCUGUCCCCGCAGUUCCCCAGCAAAGUCGGGGGUAGACCGGCGUGGCUCAGACAGACAGGCCUGCCCUCCCUGCCAGGGCUGGAGUGUGAGAUAUGCCGCCUGCCGAUGGCCUUCCUGCUGCAGGUGUACGGACCGAUUUCUGGCCAGGACAGAAGUUUCCACAGAACGCUCUUUCUGUUCUGCUGCAAAACUCAUGAGUGCUACACGCAUAACGACAGCCGCUGUUUUAAAGUUUUCAGAAGCCAGCUCCCGAGGAGGAACGAGUUUUACCCCUAUGACCCUCCGCCAGAGGAUAAACCCCCGACCGAUCCUGAACCGGACCUGAAUGUGUUGUCCGUCUCCGGAGUGAAACUCUGCUGGGUCUGCGGUUGCCCUGGCAAUAAAGCCUGCUCCCGCUGUCACAGCGUCACAUACUGUGGAAAACAGCACCAAACCCUCCACUGGAAACACACACACAAGAGGGAGUGCUCCAGCCAAGAAGCUCCCAUUGUCACAAAAUCCACCUUCCUCUUCCCUGAGUCUGAGCUGGUCACUGAACCAGAGGAGGAGGAAGAGGAGGAGGAGGAGGAAGAGGAGGAGGCUGACAAAAAAGAGUCUAAAGAAGAAGAGGAAGACAAACCGAGUGCAGACGGUCCCUCCUUAGCAGACACCCUGGCAGAGACAGACUUGGAGGAGAUGGCGAUGCACGAGACUGAAGACAACAAAAUUGUGCAGCGGUUUAAAAAGAGGAUCGCACCAGAGCCACACCAGGUGGUGCGGUACAGUCGAGGGGGCUCCCCCUUGUGGGUUUCUUCUCAGCACAUCCCUUCAGAUCACGAUAUCCCACCAUGCACCUGUGGCGCCAAGAGGAUCUUUGAGUUUCAGGUGAUGCCCCAGCUGUUGAACAGUCUGUGUGUGGACUCUACAGGAGCCAGUAUCGACUGGGGGACGCUCGCUGUCUACACGUGCUCAGCCAGCUGUCACAAUGACGAUCAGUACUGCCCCGAGUUCAUAUGGAAACAAGACUUCAGCUCAGAUCAACACACACAGACUCAACCUUCAUAAUAUCUGCCACACUGAUGCACUUGAAGCUAAGCAGUGAAGCUAGUGGUUUUCACUCUGACUGCAGUAAUCCCAAGUUAGUGGACUGGACAUGUGCUGCUAGAUGUGUGAAAUUAAUCGGAAAAGAGAGAUCAAACCCCUCCUUCCGAAACUAUGAAGGACAAUGAUGAUGUUUCUUUUGGGAGGGACAGAUAUUUAAACCGUUCUCCUUCCUUACCACUCCCAAACCCUUUGUAUUAUUCUUUGAAUUCUGGCUGUUGGGAACAAUGCAUCAGACGUGUUUGUGACAUAUGGGUUGCUUUACUGUUUAUACUUUAUAUAUGUUGGAGCCAAUACUCCACAAAUCAGAAGGAGUAUGACCAUGUGCCUUCCCAACAGUAAAAUGUUUACCAAACUUGUUUCAACAAGCAGUGAUGUAAUGUGCUGCAUCACUUAGUGGACAUACUAUAAGUGAGAAAAAAUCAUCUAGUGUUAAAAUACUGUCAAAUAUUGAAUGAAAAAAACACUAUAAGAAUGUCAUUUUUUACAUCCAAUAACCAAUAUGUGACAAUUUAAAA